AUGGGUGGCAAAUCGAAGAGGACGUCUGCACCGGCGCCUAUGGAGAUUCCACCGCAGCAGCCUCUUCCCAUCCCGCCGCAUGGACUCGGCACCUGGUUUCCAACACCACCUAUGCAGUCCUCAACGUCCUCUGCACCAUGGUGGCAUGCCGGACAUCAGCAACUAGGCUUGGCGGGUUCCAUGCCUCAAGGCUCGUCGUGGAUGCUGCCUCCCUCCGUAUCUUCUCAGCCUGUGGCUGAGAACGAUGAUGAAUCUGAAGUGCAGGCAUGGGAACCAAAUCUUUACCCUCCUGGUGGUUUCAUGAGUUUUAUGAAUAGCACAGCAAGCUCUAGAGGCUUAGUGAGCAAUGGGAGUAAAUCGCAAGCAAUCAAUCUUGCUGAUGAUGAAGAUGAUGGCAAGUGUGGUAGGACUGAAAAACACAUGCUAUGGACAAAAAAGGAGGAUCUGAGAUUGAAAAGUAUUGUUGAUAUCUACAACAGCACCACCCCAAAAGACCGAGCAAGGCAAGUCAAGCAAAUUAAAGAUCACUUUCUAAGAAUUAAGAAAAGGGUUCAAUGGUUUUGUGGUAGCUGGAAAGAGGCCAACGCUCUAUGGGCUAGUGGUGAAUCAGAUGCAGAUCUUGAAGAUGAGCUUAACAACUUUUUGGAUGCUCAGAAAAUAGCAAAUGAAGGGCGCAGAGAGAUGUUAGAGACGUAA